AUGAGUAACUUAAAAAGUACAUUUAAAAGUGCCGGUACAAACCAGGGGUGCCCAAUAAAAGGAGGCACGCUACGCGGUUUUCCGCAUGAGUCACCGGUGCUUUCCCUCGUCUUACAGACCUACCUAGAAUUGAGCGUGCGGAGUGCGCGUACGGCUGAAGGGGUUGCGCUGGGCGAGUUCUCGGCGGCGCACAACACUCACAUUCAAAUAUUAGUCUAA